AUGAAGCAAAUCAAGAUGAAUUACAGCCCUGGCCCUCCCUCCCAUCCUCUGACAUCUAAACGGGGAAAGAGAUCGUGGGCGAGGACAAACACAACCCUGGGGAAUAAGGAGCGAAAAGUAGCCAGCAGUUUUCUGGAGCCGAGAAAACCUGUGUUUUUGCGCUUAGCUCUGCCUCUAACCUACCGAGGGAUCACGCGGCAGUGGGGGGCAGAUAAAAGCCCUUUGGCCGAGGGUCACCUCCGUCCUUGUUGUUCACUUGAGAGCAGUGGAGAGGAAAACGGUCCCCACGGGCGGACUUUGGCUUCUGGAGCCGCGCAGCCCAGCGGGCCGGGCCGCCCGGAGCUCCGCCCGCUCCCGAGCCGGCGGAGUCGUUCCUCUCGCCCCUCCCGCUCCCACGCGGGCCCCCCUCCAGCCAUCGCUCCUGCCACCACCUCGGUUCCACUCAAUCGAUUUUUGCUGCAUGUCAACACUUAUUACCGCAAAGGAGAAGAUGGUGCAGCCGCGCAUUACCCUGAGGAUAUUUUCAGAGGCUCCCGGAGAAGUGGUGGCUCAGAAGGCAACCUACGCACCUCCGAAAGGGGACCCCUUUCGUGUCCCCGCACUGUUGUCUGCACGUCCCUUGGGACAACCAACCCGGAAUCUGAUCCUCAGCUGCCGCCACGCGCCCACCUCCCUCUGGCAUCCCCACCCCGCUGCUCCUCGCUAGCGUCGAAGCCGCGGCGCUGGGGCAGCACAGACCCGCCCCGGGGUCGUUCUGGGGCGCAGCGCCCGCCCCCGCGCUCCCGUCGCCCCCGCACGCGACGCUCCCGGGCCCGGGCUGCGGCGUCGUGGGCGGUCGCGGCUCCAGCCCGAGCACUGCCUCUUGGCUGCGCUUCAGGGACGCCUGCCGGGCCCGGGCCGCGGACCCGCUGGCUUCUCCGCGGUCUCAGAGGUGGCCUGGGGAGGCCCAGGCCGCAGGAGCGCCCAGUCCCCGCACCCACCCCCGCCACAUCCCUCCUCACCCUCUCUCGGGCUUCCGCGCCUUCAUUCCCGAGCGGCCAUAUACCUUGAAUGGGUCAUCCCUGCCUGCCUCCCUAGAGCUGCCUCUCGAAGCCCUGGGGUUGAACAUUAACCAGCCGGAGCUAUAGAGUGGGGUAAAACGUUACAUAUAAAAAUGAAUCAUCUAUCCGAUCCUGGGAGAGAGGACCUAUAGCGAGCUCUGCGCCUAGAGCUGCCCCGGCAAUGUCCCCGGCCCAAUGCACAGACCCUUCUGGCAUCCACUUCCUAGGGACCUUUCGGCCGCUGGCGGCUGAAGUUGGGUGGAGGCGGGGGAGAUGGAGGUUUUCGAACCAGACGUUCUCCUCGAGGAGCCUGACGUUUAGGCUUUCUAACGCAAGUGCAUUUCCUCUCCUUUCUCACUCGAGGUACACACAAAGGUCUGGAACAGCCUUUUGUAUCUUAACAAAGUUAGAGUAGCUGAAGUUGUUGGAGGAGAGGCUGCCCACAUGCUCGAGAACCCAAGCUGAUCCGUCGACUCCGGGGAUCGGCCGCGAGCCCUGGCGCUCCGGAUGCACCCUGCGAGGCAGGGCUGGGUGUGCAGAGAGUGGAGCCGGAGCCCUGCAAGGCGGGCUGGAGCCUGAGCGGAGGCGCAAGUGAGAAACUGAAGCCUCCUGCCAACAGCCAUGUGUGUGAGAUUGAAAGUGAAUUCUCCAGUUCUCUGAAUGACUGCAGUCCUGGCCAACAACUUGACCCGACACCUAAGCUGCUCCCAGAUUCCUCACCCUCAAAACUGGAUGAGAUAUAAAUAUUUAUUGUUUUAAGAUGCUAAGUUUUGAGUAAUCUGUUACAUUGCAAUAGGUAACUAAUUCGCUAUGUAUGUGCUUCCUGUCUUCCAAAACUUUUUGUCACUUUUCAUCUGUUACAGUCUUGCCUCUUCUUUGCUCUUAAGGGUUCUCUCCUCCACUCUUUCUCUCCCUCACCCCCACCAUUUUAAUAGCAUUUGGGAGAAAAUAGAGAGAAAUCUAUUCAAUUAGUCAAAUUUUACCAGAAGUCCGAGGAAGUGAAUCUUAAGCACAGAUUUGAAGGAGGGAAAGGAUAGGAUUUAAUGGUGCUGUUUAAGAAAAACAUUUGAGAUAGAAGAAAUUUAAUAUAAACAGUAGGAGA